AUGGCCUCUCAAGCCGCUGCCAUUGCUGCCGAACCCCCACUCUCGCCUGGCCCGACUCCAACCCCUCCCCCAGCUCUCCCUUUGGACGACGUCGCGAGACUGCCCAAGCGCCGUCGCGAGUCUGAAUCCGAGCCGUCGCGUGCUGCUGCCUCCCACGGGCUCAGCUCCCAGUCGCCUCCCUCCAAGGCCGCCAAGCUGCUGUUGGCAUCUGGCCAAUCCCCACUCCCGUCGACCGGCGCUGUGGCUCUGGAAGACGAGCGACGGCAUCGAGAAGGAGAGGCAGGAGAAGAACGACAGGAAGAAGUUGUAGCACCAGCACCAGCAGCAACCCAACCAGCCCUACUGUCCCUCUUGACUGCAGGAAACCAAACCAUGAGCCGUCCAUCAGACGCGCCUCAGCUGGCCCCCACAGCCGCUAUGGAGCCCUCCUCCAAGCUUGCCACGGCUGCCUUGUCCAUAUCACAAAACAGUGGCGACCGCAUCGAAGAACGAAGCGAGUUAACUCAGAGUCCCGCGAGCAUUGCCGGCGCACAAGUCACCGAGAGCCCGACAGCCAUGGAGGUCGACGUCAAGGGCGAUUCGCUCGUGUCCCAGCAGGUUGCCGUGCAAGAAGAACGGCCGCAGCCGGGGUCCCUGUCAUAUCCGGGCUCCUUACAAACGACCGGCAGUAUGCCGGAUUCGCCAGUCCGUAACAUGAGCUUUCCGAUGCCCUCCCAGAGUCAGGGCUCUCCGCCGCCGUCGGCAAACAAGAAACACAAGUGCCCGUACUGCAACACCGAGUUUACUCGGCACCACAACCUCAAGAGCCAUCUCCUGACGCACAGCCAGGAAAAGCCCUACGUAUGCACCGACUGUCAGAUGCGCUUCCGCCGCCUGCAUGACCUGAAACGCCAUGGCAAGCUUCACACGGGCGAGAAGAACCACGUGUGCCCCAAGUGCGACCGCAAGUUUGCCCGAGGCGAUGCCCUCGCCCGCCACAGCAAGGGAAUUGGCGGAUGCGCUGGCAGACGGCCGAGCAUGGGAAGCUUUGCCGAUGGGGACGAACUGGACGGCGGCAUGGAGGGAGACGAGGCGGUCAUGUCGGGCAUCGCAUACGACAACGUUGAUGAAGAAGAGCUCAGGCGGCAGAGCCUGCCCAGCAUGGGUGUCCAGCAUAUACCAGGCGGCCAAGCGGAGCAGUAUAGCGCCCACUCUCGAACUUAUCCCCCGGCUGGAGCAAGAGGAGCCACUGCCGCCUCGCUGUAUGCCCCCAGCGGCGCGCAGAACCCCGCGGCUACCACCGGUAGCUCGAGCGUCUCAAAUAGCCUCGGGGGCAGCCACACGCCGAACACCAGCAUCUCUUCCGUGGCGGUUGGGGGCGGAUCUGCUGGCCUCUACGCACAGGCUGGCGUGCCGGACGUUGCGAAGCCGUUGAGCCCCGGCGGCGUCCAGGCCCACGAUGGCUCUGGCGUCGUACGGCAGCGGUCGCCCAGCCUGUCUCAGCAACUGCAGCAGCAGCAGCAGAUGGGCAGGCGACAGUCGGAUAUGCAGUCUCCCCACGGCGGACAGGGCAGACCAAAGCUUCCCGGUUUAACCCACCCAGGAUACGUCCCGACAGGCUCCCAGCCGUUCUCCCACGGCCGCCCUCCCGCCGUAACCGCAACGGCAGCCCCGGUUCAGGCACCGGCACCGGCACCGUCGAGUGGCGAUAGCGGUAACAUGUUUGCCCAGAGCGACCCAAGCGUGUGGGCUUACAUACAGACGCUGGAAGACAAGGUCAAGUCGCUGUCGGAUAAAGUUGUCUCGCUCGACCACGAGAUGUCUGUGAUCAAGAAACAGCUCCAAGGCAAUGAAGGGGUGCCUGCGGGAUGA